GCCUGUGGCCAGAACCAGAGUAACGGGACUCCAGGCCUCCGGUCGCUGUCCGGACGUGAGAGGAGUUGGUGUCAGCGCUGAGCACAAAGCGGAGGGCCGGAGCCUGGCCCCGCGCGUGCACCAUGCCCUACCUGCUCAUCAGCACCCAGAUCCGCAUGGAGGUGGGCCCCACCAUGGUGGGCGAUGAGCACUCGGAUCCAGAGCUGAUGCAGCAUCUGGGGGCCUCGAAGAGAAGUGUCCUGGGAAACAACUUCUGGGAGUACUACGUCAACGACCCUCCUCGCAUAGUCCUGGACAAGCUGGAACGCAGGGGCUUCCGUGUACUGAGCAUGACAGGGGUGGGCCAGACGCUGGUGUGGUGCCUGCACAAGGAGUGACCUUCUCAUGCUGACUUGUGGGUGGGACACCCCUUCUUCGGAGGAGCUGCUACCCCCGAGCCUCUGCCCUGGCCUUUUUUCACCUGAGAUCGUCACUUUCCUCACCCUAGCACCAGUGGGCAGUGGGCAGCCUUCCCUGGGGCCCUGCCUUGGUCAGUGGGAGAGGGCAGGCCCCUUGCCCUGGUACUCCCAGCUGCUCUCCAACUUCAGGCCUGGUCCAGGGCCUUGGGGUAGGCCAUGUUCUGUGGGCAGGCUGCCUCUGGCAGCUCAAGAUCUGAGCAGGGUCCAGUUUAGCUAGUCCAAGUCAAUAAAGGGUCGUGAUGA